AUGCCUAUAGAAGUUGCCCUUCGAGGCACAUUACUCGGAUGGUAUAUCUACCGCAUGAUAUACGGCGUCGCCCUUUGCUUCGUCAAGCUGUCUAUCCUCUUCUUCUACCGCGCCAUCGCCUCCCAUCGCGCCUUUCGCCGCACCGUCUACGGCACCAUCGUCUUCGUUAUCGCCUACACGUUCGCCACCACCCUCGCCGCUGCCUUUCAGUGCGAGAAUCCAGCCCAGAGCUUCGAUGUCACAGGCUACCUCUCACAGUUCGACGGCGACCCCAACACUAAGAAGCCGCAUUUCAAAUGCUACGACCCUACACGCCUCUGGCUUUUCACGAGCGCAGUCAACCUCUUCACCGACGUCCUCAUCUUACUACUACCUAUCCCAACGCUGUUAGGUCUUCGGGUCCCCAUGAACAAGCGCCUCGCCCUCGUAGGUAUUUUCUCCGUCGGCAUUAUGGCCAUCGUCGCCAGCUGCGUACGCAUGUGGGUCAUGGCGCUCUGGGCCGAAUCCCCGCAGAACAGCGCUCUCUUCGGCUCCGAUCUGCUCCUAUGGGGCCAGGUCGAGGUCAACAGCGGCAUCGUGUCUGCCUCUGUGCCCUUCCUGCGCCUGUUCUUCCGCGGUCGCGAGCGCGACCCGGACGAGAAACCCAUUGCCAGGCGCAAGGUCAGGGAGAUUAGCCCGCCAAACGUGGCAUACCAAGGUGGCGGAAAGCCGUUGAGGAUACAGAGCGUGGAGUUCUUCGAACAGGAGAGGGCGAGGAAGGGGGAUGAGGAGGCGGGGAAUGGGAGUUGGAGUCCUGACAGUCCUGAGUGGGGAGGGUUCAUCACCGUGCCAGCGAGUCUGAGUAGUGGGAGUCGGGGGAGUGCGAUGCUGGAGACACCUGUGAAGGCGCACACGACGGUUUAG